GCAGUUUCGAUUGCUCAUCGCCUCGAUUUUGAAACAAUGACACCCGAUGACAGGAGUUUUUCUCUAGAGUUUAUAGCAGGAUCGCCACCUUAUGAAUCAGUGGCAGUGCUGAAGAUCACCAUGAGCAACGUUGAUGACAAUCCACCUGUUUUGGAUAAGGAGGGACUAAACAAUGAGGUGCCGAUACCCGAAAAUUUACCUCCAUCAACUGUGAUUGCCAAACUGAAGCUAACAGACGCCGAUGAUCCCGCUGAGUUUAGCAAAUUUGCAGUUGAGAAAUCUGGCUUUGGAAGCGAGUUGUACACGGCAUCGAUUGUGAAUGGAUCGCUGAUUGUCGCAGUGGCUGAGAAUGCAAUAUUGGAUCGCGAAGCUAUGGAACGGCAAACUGUACAUUUGACUGUGAAAGAUGGUGCUGGUAAUCAGGACUCUGCAACGCUCUUUAUUCGACUUUUGGAUGUGAAUGACAACGCUCCACGUUUCUCACAAGACCAAUAUGCCAUGCAAGUAGUGGACAAUUGGCCUCCUGGUGUUGUUAUAGAUCGACUCACGGCAACUGACUCAGAUACUGGAAAGAAUGCUCGAGUAAUUUACUCACUGGCAACAGAAAGUGCAAAGUGUGAGUUCUUAAGGGUAAAUAACUAA